AUGCCACUGGCGCUGCCGCCGCACGUAGCGCACCUUCAGUCCUUCUCCGCGCGCUCGCCGACUGUACUGGUUGCCGCCUUCCUCGUCUCCUCCGCCCUCGCCGCCCUCGUCCAGUUGCCGGAGCACUCGCUGCUCGUCGCUGCCGUCUCGUGGGCCCUGCUAUGGACAUACAGUAGUGUGCGCGUCGGGCUGUGGACCGGCUGGGACAAUGCGCUCCGCAGGAGGUACAGCUGGGUCGCCGGCGCGCUGCUUGCUCUUGCUGCCGUCUGUGAGCAGACGGCGCACGACCACGAAGGCGUGUGGUGGACCAAGGCCCUCCUUCCGGCGACGCUGUGCGCGCUGCGCUCCGCCGAUGUUGUCGCCCGCAGCUCCCCUUUCAUGACGCUCGAGGACCUCCACCAGAACCCGGACGCCAGUCGCUACGAUGUUUCGAACGGGAUGCUCGCCGUGCUGACGGUGGCAGGCGCCGGCGGGCUCAGCGUCGCGACCAUCCUGCCGCAUGUGCUGGCCCUGUCGCUGUGCAGCGCGCUCCUGACCAGCAUUGCGCUGCUGGUGCUCGAGCACGCCAUCACCUCGAUCAGGGACUAUAAGCCCAGCAUGAGCAACGGCCCGUCGCCCAUCAUGCCGAUGCGGCCGCGUUCGAACACGGUGACCCGGUCGGAUGCCUGGCUCGUGUCGCUGCGGGAUACGGCGUCGGUGGUUGCGCCCGCCUGCUUGGUGCUUGCCUUCGUCUUCGAGCGCAGUUUCAGGACCGACACCAUAUACUACGGUGUGAAUAGCGACGCAGUUGGGGUGUGGGAGCACGCGGGCCGGCUCUGGGCGCUGCAGCUGGGGUUGCAAGGCGCCUCCACUGCUGCAAUUAAGCACUUGACGCUCUUUUCCAUGAUACGACAGGCUGGAGCUUUUCCCGCCGCCUGCUCGACAGUGGCAGCGCUCCUCGUUGCUCGUUCUUAUGCUUUCCCGUCCUUCACGAGCUUCUGGUUCGCUCUCAUCUACGGCGGUGCGGGCGCUGUUUCCUUGAGCAAAUCCGCAACCGGCAACAUGAUGCUGGCUAGACAGUUUCUGACCGCGCUCUCGGUCGUGUCCUUCGUUAUACUGAGCAUAAGCUAUCUGCGCCAAUCCAUCUCGACUUUCGACGCCUUGCGCGACGCCACUCCCCACGAUCUCGGAUUUGCGCCGGCCGAUCCUCUCAGCCCACUUGCGCUACCUUCACCUGACGUGCACCCUAUUGAACAGCUGGUCAAGGGCGCCGAGAAGAACUGGGAGCAACUUUUGUCCCGCCAGUCGCAGAACCUUGGCGACGCUGUGGCCGAAUACCGACGGCGGUACGGAGUUCCUCCGCCUCCCAACUUCGACCGAUGGUUUGACUUCGCCAAGAGGAAGGGCGUCCGGCUCAUCGAUGACGGAUACGACUCCAUUUACCAUUCGUUGCUCCCGUUCUGGGCGUUGGAACCGGCUACGGUCCGCUCCCGCGUCAAGGAGGCACUCGGCCAUGGGGAAAAUGCUCUUAUCGGGUUGCUGAUCAGGGACGGGCAAGCCACGCAUGUUGAAGGCGGCCAAGACUGGCAGAGAGAGGCGACGCUGGGCAUGCUCAAGAACUUCCUCGCUUUCCUCCCGGACAUGGACCUUGCCUUCAACAUUCACGAUGAACCACGUGUGGUCGUGCCCAAUGACGAAUUGUCCCGCCUCGUGGAACGUGCCAAGAACGCCCGCAUGUCUGUAGCUGCGGCCAGCCAGCCACCGAAGAACCAGUUCUCCAAGCGUCCGAAAGACAUGAACAACGGUAAACGAGUCGAGGAGGUCAAGACCACCCGCUUCAACCGGUUUGCGCACCAAGGCACUUGGACCCACUCACGCCUCUCCUGCUCGCCGGAUAGCCAAGCGCGGAGCAUCGAAGAAAACCCAAAGGACAACUUGACUGCGUAUGCCGCUGGUGACCUUGGCUUCGUCUACAAUGCUACAGCCUUCUCGGACAUCUGCAACGCACCUUCGCUAUCCUCUACUUUCGGUUUCUUCGACCGGCCAAACGCCUUCAAUCUUGUACAAGAACUGUUCCCUAUCUUCUCUCAGAGCAAGAUCAGCAGCUACCAGGAUAUCCUGUACCCAAGCCCGUGGUACUGGUAUGGGAAGGUACCGUACGACAGUGACCGGGACCUUGCAUGGGAGGACAAGGCAGACAGCCUUUACUGGCGAGGUUCAACAACAGGUGGGUUCAGCCGCAACGGUGGCUGGCGCCGCCAGCACCGACAACACGUGGUUUCCCGCUUGAACGAGCCCGGCAAAGCCCUCAUCAUGGGGCAGCGCGACGAAGAAGGCGGCGCCACCGUCUGGGGCCCCAAGACCGUGUCGCGCAAGGACUAUGCGGAGCUCAUGGACGUCCACUUCUCGCACAUCGGCCAAUGCGACCCGGGCGACUGCGACGCGCAGCGCGAAUUCUUCAAGCUGGCGCCCGCGGCGGACCAGCAGGACGCCUGGUCGCACAAGCAUUUGCUCGACAUGGACGGAAAUGCUUUUAGCGGCCGGUUCUACGCCUUCCUGCAGAGCAAGAGCAUGGUGUACAAGAUGGCCGUGUUCCGCGAGUGGCAUUCCGACUGGCUGCAGCCGUGGCUGCACUACGUGCCUCUCUCGCUGCGGGGCGACGAGUGGCUCGAGACGAUCCGCUUCUUCUCGAGCGGCGACGGCACAAGCGAGGGCAAGAAGAUGGCCAAGAAGAUGGCGGACGAAGGGCGCGACUGGGCGGGAAAGGCGCUGAGAAAUGAGGAUUUUGAGGCGUGGUUCUUCAGACUGCUGCUUGAAUACGGCCGCCUCAUCGACGACAACAGAGAUACGAUCGGAUACCCCGGCCCUUGA